AUGGAGCCGCUAUUCACUGCUGUCUCGAAUAAUGCGCGACACCUCUACACUCUGCUCUCCUGCAUUGGCUUUGCUUCAAAAGCAACGGUCCAGAUCACCCCAGAUGGUCUACGUUUCUCAGCGGAGGAAGGCCGCGUCAUCCAAGGCUUAGCCUUCCUCGAUAAAUCUCUCUUUACCAGCUACACCUUCAAGCCAUCCACCGAGCCCAACAACCACAGUCAAAAUGACUCUUCUGACGAAGUGGAGUUCCCCCAUUUUGUCGUCUCGCUCUCCGCCCUCCUUGAGACAUUGAAGAUUUUCGGUAUCAAUGACUUGGCCGAACCCAAUGGCUCCCGAGACACCAACCUCCCUCAGGCCAAUCCAGCUUCAGGUGCAUUCAGUGCGCCAGCCUUACUUAUGGACCGCUCAUGCACUCUCCAAUACACGCAACAUGGAGCUCCUCUCAGCAUCGCCAUCACGGAAGCAGGUGUUAAAACGACUUGCGAGCUGGUGACGUAUGAGCCAGAAGCGGUUGAAACCGAUAUUCCGCUCCAGCGCGAUGCCAUCAUCAUGAAAAUCAUCAUGCGCUCUGCCUGGCUACACAAUGCCAUUGCUGAGCUUGAUUCUUCUACUCCUACCAUUCUCAAACUGUCAGCCUGUGCCAACCGAGAGCCAUAUUUCGCUUUGACAGGUGCUGGCGGUCCCUUCAGCGAGUCCACGGUCGAGUUCUCCGUCGAUCAGCACAAUGAGAUCACCGGCGGUGCUACCCAAGGUGACCAAGCAUCACAAGCCCACAAGGUCCUAACGGACGAUGGAACAUCACGGCCACGAGCCACCAGAGCCAAAGCAGCGCCCACUGUCACGGAGACAUUCCAAGUAUCACCGCCAUCGUCUAUGGGCGAGCGAAUUCGACAGAUCUAUAGGUUCGCUCUCGUGAGAAAAGCUGCCCGGGCCAUGGCUAUCGCCAACAAAGUUAGUAUUCGUGGUGAUCGGCAGGGCGUAUUGAGCUUCCAAUUCAUGGUUGAUCUUGAUGACAAUGCACCGACUGGAAGAUCUGUUGGCGCUGGUGUGAAGGCACUGGCAGGUCCAAGAUGUUUUGUGGAUUUCCGAUUUGUACCACUUCUUGAUGAAGAGGAUGCUGAAAUGGAUGUUGUCGAUGACGAAGAAUAG